AUGGUUUCUAUGGAUGCGACGGGGAUAAUUGGCCUCGGUGUUGAUUUCGAGACGAUUCUUGGCAAGAACCAUGAGAUCUUUCAUGCGCAUGAGAUGCUCUUCGCCAGCAGCAAAGAGAAAAGAGCCCUUUUCGCACUAUUCAAUCUUGCUCCGCAGUGGUUGCUGAAAUUUAUCCCUUCCUCAACGGCGAAGAGAAUGGAUCGAGCGCACGAUAUCAUGACAAAUGUCUGUCGUCAGACGAUCCGAAAACGAAUGGAUCAAUUAGAAAAGGGCGAAGACCAGGAUCUCUAUUUCUUGACUAACCUCGUUAAGUCAGAUCUUUUCGAUGAAGAGAAAGCGAUCGCACAAAUUGUUGUUAUCCUAGGUGCUGGGUUCGAAAGCACUGGGGGCACACUUUCCUGGGCGCUGUACUGUCUCGCCAAUUACCCCGACGUCCAAAAGAUGUUACGGGAAGAGUUGGCCCACGCGAAAGCCGGGAGAGAAUCUUUAGAGGAAGAAGAAUACGAUCGGCUGUCUAUGCUAAACGCCAUAGUCAUGGAGGCCACCAGACUAUAUCUUGCAUUUCCACUCCUCCUUCGCAAAUCCAUCCGCGAUACGACCAUCAACGGUCAACUAGUUCCCAAAGGCACGUACGUCGGAAUGUGUACUCGGGCAAUCAAUUGUGCUCAUCAUCUUUGGGGCCCCGAUGCAGAGAAAUUCAAUCCAGAAAGGUGGAUCGACCGCUCAGAUGCCCAGAACCAUAGGAUCAAUGCGUUAGGGGGAGCUCCAGCUUCAGUAUGUAUGCUCUCGUUUUUUCAUGGGACGAAGAGUUGCGUAGGGCGAGCCUUGGCGCUGGCACAGAUGAAACGACAGAUUGCUGUGCUUGUGGAGCGCUUCCUUAUUGAGCGAACGGAGAAUUCGGAUCCUCGUCCCUGUGGGCUUUUUGCUACCCGGCCACCAUCGAGUUUACAGCUGCGAUUUACAGAACUUGAUAUGUAA